CUCCUCUAACCACGAAUCGACGCGAUGUAAACAGUUACCCACGAGCAAGUGUGAGUGUUGGUGUGCUGCAUCCCUCUCCACCAUAUUUAUGUGGUGAUCCUGCAUCAAGAUGUCAACGCCGAAACAAGUGUUAAAGAGUGUGGGUCCCAAGUUGGUGCCAUUCUUCAAGACAGUAGCAAUCUACUUUGUUUUGUUCAUCCCAUCAGAUCAACCUUCUAUCUUUGCCAUGGCAAUAAAGUGCCUGCCAGUCCUCUCUCUGAUUGCCUUUGUUUUACUACAUGGCAUGAGCCUUGGAGAAGAGUACGCUUAUUCUAGAAGAAUAUUACUGGGAUUGAUCUUCUCUGUAUUUGGUGAUGCACUACUUAUCUGGGAAGACUUCUUUGUCCAUGGCCUUGGAUCAUUUCUAAUUGCACAGAUUUUGUAUAUCUCUGCCUUUGGCUUCCGACCAUUCAACAUAUAUGUUGCCACUGUCGUAUAUUCUCUCACAGCUUUAGGUAUUUAUCUUCUACUGCCAGGAACAUCUGGACUAGUUAGCAUUGGCAUGCCAGUCUACACUUUUCUGUUAAUGACAAUGGUUUGGCGGGCAGUGGCUAGAGUGCAGCUUUUUGAGGAGCUGUGGACCUGGACGAAACUUUGCUCCUGUGUUGGUGGCAUCCUGUUUGCGGUGUCAGAUGCUGGUAUUGGGUUCAGCGCCUUUUACUGUCAUAUACCUCACUCUCAGGCCAUCAUAAUGGUAUCCUACUAUGCAGCUCAGCUUGGAAUUUCACUCAGCGUUGUUGAUAGCAAAGCCAGCUAUCUAGACUCAGUGCGGGACAACAAGAUACAAAAUGUACAGCAGUAUAUACCAAGUGAUAGUGAGGAUGAAUCUUUCAAAGAAAAGCUAGUCACUUCAGCAAAUUUCUCUAGUUCUUCUGUCCGUGACUCAACUAGUCUCCUCAUCCGCCGGCAUACAGUCCAGCCAAGUAGUAUACAAUAAGUAUAAAUUUUAUCAAUCUCGUGAGGCUUAAAGUUUAUAUUUUUUAAAUGAGUUUGUGUGUAUGGGUAAGUAUAUUGUGUGGACGUGUAUGUUAAGCAUGGUCCCAUCAGUGAAGCAGCAAUGCUGUUAUUGAUGAUUGCAGCCUCUCAGGUAAUGUUUGACUAGAUUUCAUCAACCAAAUGUGGAUUGAGCUGUCUGAAGAUUGUCUUUUUCCACACAAUUUAGAAUAGUGCUCUUUAAAAGACAGCUCAGGUUUGGGCAAUUACAUUCUGUCAGCUCGAGUGAUAUCGAGUUUUGGAGAGUAGUCAGUGAAGUAUUGUUCCACUUUCCGGUGGUGGGACCUGUAAUUAUGCAAAGAUAUGAGAACAUGAGCCCUUAAUAUUAGUGAAUUUUACACUUAUGAGUUGAAUGAUUGUUGUACAUGGUUAAUUUUUUAUUAGAAUUUGUAACCCUCUAAUGCAACCUCCUGCACCACAAUGUAUUUCAUACACAAGAAGCAGUUUGAAUACAUUUGUUACUGAAGCCUUGUUUUCAUGUAUUAGUUUUGUAGCAGUCUGUGAUAAGUGCAUAUUAUUAAAUUUUGAUGCUCAUUAGGUGUAGUCUAAUAUAUUGCUGAAAAAAUUUUACACUGUAGAAUACGGAUGAUUGUAAAGUUGAUGUUGGUCCAGGAGUCACUGAAGUCAUCCGGGUUUUAUUUCCGAUUUUUGGGUUUGUCAUAAAUUGGUCAACUUAUGUCGACAUUUUUUCAGGUGUGCCUUAAGCAAACAUGAAGCAGUAUCCUUGUGCAGAAAGAUUUUAAUUUCAGAUGUUAUCAAUUAUGAAUUUAGCCACUAUAAAUCAAUACUUUUUUUUGUUUUACAAAUAUUUUAAUGAUCUGUUUUUUUCUAAGCAUAGUAUGUAGGGAUGUGGUUGUAUUGGAUUUUUUUUUUUUUUUUUUUUUUUUUUUAGGAUCCAUGUAAAUUUUGCAGAUCUGAUGCGAUGAAAUGGGGGGUGGGAGAAGAGUUAGUACAGUACUAAUAUUUGUUAAUGCCUUGGUGUCCUAAAAAAGUGGAAUAUAAAUUUAUAUAUAUAUUUAUAUUUCAAUCUACUUAGACUACAGUAUUACAGUAAGUAAAAUUAAGGCACUGCAUAUGUAUCUCUAAGGAUAUACAUUCAAGAUGGUGAAACAAGGCUUAGUUACAAGUGUAUAUUUGAAGUGUAUUGCCCUUGUGUUUUUAUAAAUUCAGAAUACACACACGUUGGGGAACCCUGUAUAAAUUAAGAAGCUAAAAUUAGAGCUCUGUAAAAAAAUAUUUAGAUUUUUUUUGUAAUACUGUAGAAGAAACUGGAAAAUUGAAGUUUAUUUUUUGUUAAUCUACUUGUGCAGAUAUUUAAUUUAAAGUUUACAAUGUUGAUAAUUAUCUUUCUUUUUAAAAUAAUAAUAAUAGUGGAAAAGUUUUUGAUGAUGGUUUAGGUGUUGGCACAAUUACUUGAAGCCUUCCACUUGCCAUCAGGUGGUGCUCUGAAUAUAGGGGACCAGUUUCAGCAUUGCCAGAUCUCAGGUGCAGGGCUUGUCUCAGGUUGCCAUUCAGGGGUUUAAGGUUGCUUUGUAUGUUUGGAGAUUCCUCUCUCAGAAGUGUAAAUUAAUCUGAAAAUAUCAACUCAAUGAUAACUAUAGAAAAAAAAUAUUUUCAACAUUAUGUGAUAGAUUUGGUACAUUUCUCUUGCCCUCUGUAUAUAGAAAAAUAAAUAUGAAUUUUAUACAUGUAUGAAUUAACAGAGGGAUGAACAAGAGGCUUGAACCGUGGUCCCAAAAUUGACAGAUCGAUCGUUACUGCCUCUGCUACUGGGCUUCUAAUAGGGAAGAUUUGGAACUAGUACUUAUUGUACUCUUCUGUCAGAGGCACCAACUGUAACCCAGUUGAACUCUUCCCUUCAGCCUAGGAUCUUUAGCAGUAAGUCUAUUCUUACCUCUCAUCUAUCAACUCAGAUUAAGGGAGGAGUUCAGUUGGGUUACAGUUGAUGUCUCUGACAAAAUAUAGUACAGUAAGAACUAGUUCCAAGCCUCUUGUCCACCCUUCUGUUGAUUCAUUGACAAGUGUUUAUUAGGACAAUCUUGAGUUUAUGUACAGUAGGGCCCCCGCUUUACGGCGUUCCGCUAAUAUGGACAUUUCAAAUUAUGACCAAAACUUGCCAUUCAGUUCCCCUCCAACUGACUUUCUAAUAGUCACUGCACCCCACCCGGUUUGUUAAAAUUUUCCAUGAGCUCCGUGUGUCUGCAUUAUAUCUGGAAACUUUCCAAGAUUUUAAGGUUAUUUCAUGUUUUGUAUCCCCCCCCCCCCCCCAGUCAGUUGUCUCCCACCGAGGCAGGGGUGACGCAAAAAGAAAGAAAAUACUUUCAUCAUUCAACACUUUCACUUCACUCAUACAUGAUCAGUUUUUGCAGAGGUGCCCAGAUACAACAGUUUAGAAGCAUAUAUAAAGAUGUAUAACUUAUCCCUCCAAACUGCCAAUAUCCCAAACCCCUCUUUUAAAGUGUAGGCAUUGUACUUCCCAUUUCCAGUACUAAAGUCCAGCUAUAUAAAAACCGGUUUCCCUGAAUCCCUUCAAUAAAUAUUACCCUGCUCACACUCCAACAGCUCAUCAGGUCCCAAAAACCAUUCACUUCUAUCUAACAUGCUCACGCAGGCUUCCUGGGAGUCCAAGUCCCUCGCCCACAAAAACCUCCUUUACCCCCUCCCUCCAACCUUUUCAAGGACGACCCCAACCCCACCUUCCUUCCCCUACAGAUUUAUAUGCUCUUCGUGUCAUUCUACUUUGAUCCAUUCUCUAAAUGACCACACCAACCCCUCUUCAGCCCACAACUCCACACCUUCUGCUAAUUUCCACACUCCGAAUUUUCUGCAUAAUAUUUACACCACACAUUGCCCUUAGAUAGGACGACAUCACUACCUCCAACCGCCUCCUCGCUGCAACAUUUUCAACCCAAGCUUCACACCCAUAUAUGUUUUAUAUAUACCCUGAUAAUUAUGUACUUAUGUGUACCUGUACCUAAAUAAACUUACACAGUGCUGGCAUGCAGGUACACAUUAAAAUCACAAAGUGUGUCAUAUUAGUCUUGAGGAUGCCAUAUUAAUAAUCACCGAGGUGCAUUAAAUGUUGUAUAUUACAUGACUAUAAACAUUCUCAUUAUUAUAUAAUUUUGAAAAAAAUAUGGAUUAAACAAGAUAAAUAACAUACAAACAUUAUAAAUACACUCCACAGUAGAAUCAAUUAACAAAUAUGCCCCUCAAAGGAGGUUCCUUGAUGCUGGUGAAGGGCUCUUGAUCUAGGCCCUGUGUGAAGCUCCCGCUUCACACACAGAGGGCCCAGGUUCGAUUCCCGGCGGGUGGAAACAUUUUGACACGUUUCCUUACACCUGUUGUCCUGUUCACCUAGCAGCAAAUAGGUUCCUGGGUGGCUAACCCUCCGGAGUUAAAAAUACGAACGAAAUCUUAUCUGUGCUCCAGUUCCCUGAAUUAAGCCUGAAUACCUCCCCCCCCCCCACAGGUGCUGUAUAAUCCUAUGGGUUUAGCACUUCCCAUGAUUAUAACAACAUAAAUCAGAUGUUACGUGUAGGAACCAAAACUAGGCAAGUUUGUCUGUUUACCUACUCCACGUGUCUCUCCUCUCUCAUAUACUCAUUUUCUCCUCUUCAAGGGGGGCUCCUUGGCGUGGUGAAGAGGCUCUUCGUCUGAGGAAUUAGACCUGUCGGUCUUUUUCCUCAGACCGAACCUAAUUACCCCCCAAUCUCCCCUCCCCUAUCCCAUCCUCCCCUUUUUCCUUUCCUCCUCCCCACCCCUCCCUUUUGCCCUUCCUCUUUUAGGCCUUUGGGAUUUCUCCCACAGGCGCGCUAGUUCCUAGGUAAAGGAAAGGAUACCGGGGUCCAUCCCAUUCCGUUGAGGUUCUUGGCGGUGGCGUAGUUUGCAGUGGAAUCUGGAUCGCCUGGGGAUGUCCCGAUCCCUCUCCGGUAUCUCGGAGUAGCUUUGGGUGUCUUUCGGGCGACGGGUGCAUCUCUGGAAGCCACCUUUCGGAUUCCGGGGGUGGUGGCCGAAGGAGGUAUGCUUUGUGGCGGAUAUCUGGCCGCCCUCUCUUUUGUCCACCGAGGUAGCUCGGCAGAUGUGAGGUUGCUAUCCCGGAUUGCUGGUUUACUGGCAUGAAGGGUAGGGUAUGGCACGGGUUCCAUGCUGCAUCUGCGCUACUAGCAGUGCUGAGGUCCUUUUGGGCGCGGAGGGAGAUUUCCGGCCCUUUCAUUCCUCCUGGGAACUAUUCCUCCCCGCUCCCCCCUUUUUUUAUUCUUUUUUUUAUUUUUCUUUUCUUUUCUUUCAUUUUUUUUUCUUAAAAACAAAAAACAAAGGAGUAACCUAACCAUGGAGAACCCAAUCCAUGAACCCACUACCCCCGGGCCCUUUCUUGAUACCGCACCCCAUUCUGACCCUGCCUUGUGUUUAGACCACUCUUCGGACAUUCCUGAUGCCCCUGUACCUCUUGCUGGUGCUGUUUCCUCACCCGCUUCAGGUACCGGGGCUUCGACUGACUCCUUCAAUUUGUCUGAACUCCGCUCUCCUUUGACUAUGCUUCCGGCUUCUCCCUCUAUGGUACGGCAAUUUUCGAAUCGCCCGCCCAUUUCACGCCAGACCAACUCCAGUCCUACUCCUAAACGCCAACGUCAAUCUCCUGAUGAUGCUCCUUCGUUACCUUCCCAUUCUACUCGGAAAAGACCGACACGUCAAGCACUCCCUCUUCACGCUCAGUUUUGGACCACACAAUGGACUAAAUUCUUUACUUUAAGACCGACUUCUUCUUCUGCCUACCUUUCUGACCAUAGUAUUGGCAAAGCGCUCCUGUGUCAUGUUGGUAGAGAUAUUUCAUUUCAUGCUCUCAAGAGCGGUACGCGCAUCAUCACUGUCCAGAAUGCUACCCAAGCUCAUGAUCUUUCUCUCCUUUCGAAUAUCGAUACUACUCCUAUCACUAUUGAAAAACAUCUUUCUCUCAAUUCUUGUAGUGGUACUGUCAUUCUGCCCCAUACCAUAGUCCAACAGAAUUUCCAGUCAUGUGGCAAUGACAUUCUUGAACAGUUGGAACUCCAGGAUCUCCCAAUCCUCAAAGUAGACACUUAUGUCCUUCCUGCCCGUGGGCGGAGACGUUACCCUUGCAGUGUGGCUAGUUUUUUUGACAGCCGAGAACUCCCGUCCUCUGUAUAUGUCGCAGGACAUCGGUUACAAGUUCGAAAGGUGAUACCUACACUGCAACAGUGUAGAAAUUGCUGGCGUUUUGGUCACCCAGCGAAAUAUUGCAGAUCUAUGGCCGAAUGCCCAGUCUGUGGUGCCGACGAACAUUCUAAUACAUCUUGCAGUCAACCUCCAUCUUGCCUUAAUUGUAAUGAAGCUCACCCUUCAUACUCCCGCCGUUGCCAGGUCUACUUAAAUGAACGUGAAAUCCGUUGCCUCAAAGAGGCAGAAGGUCUCCCUUGUGCUAUGGCAGUUACUCAUCUCCGCCUCCAAGGGAGACUACCCCGUGUUUCUUAUUCUCAUGUUUCAAAACAUCCCCCCACUUCUGGGGUCCCAUCUUCUGCAGCCUCCUCUGUUGUUACCCCUCCCAUAGCCACUCCGGCAUCUAAUCCUUUUGCUGCCCUUGGCUCUGACAUCCCGACUACAACUCAAGUCUGUUCUCACAUCUUCGCGUCCUUCCUCACAAGCCCCAGUAUCGACAAGACCUCGUACGACACCUAAUACCAAUCGCCCCUCUACUUCUCAGAAGUCCAAAAAAUCCACGUUGCUCAAAUCUUCUUUGCCCCUUCCUUCCCUUCUUCCACCUCCACACUUUACCUUUCCAGUCUCUGUACCUAGUUCUUCCCCUCUCUCUGGCUCUAUUACAAGUGUGGAGAUUCACCCUCCUCCUCGUACUAUGCCUUCCACCUCCCAGGUUUCUGCCUCUUGUCCCCCCCCCCCACUUCAUCUCCAGUCCCUUACACUCUUCCCUUCCCCUCUCCUUUGUUACAGUCGAUUACUGUCCCAAUCUUUACUCACCCUCCUUCUAUCUCCAAUAUGGUCUCCCAUUCAUCUUUGAAUUCAGAAACACUUGAAGCCAUUUCAGAUUAUAUUGCAGAGACUAAACCUUCAAUGGACACCGAUUCACUUCCUGUUCCUUCUCCAUCUUCGCAACGCUCCGUUCCUUCGCUGCUUGAACGUCUUCCAAUGCCACCACACGUUGACUUUUCCAACCCCUCUAGUCCGUAGGUGCCUUUCCCUACGGAUUCCUGGUAUUUUCUUCAUCGCCAAUCAUGGCCUAUUUACAGUGGAAUAUCCGCGGCCUCAGGGGUAAUCGGGGUGAGCUUCAGAUGUUGCUUUCCAGGUUUUCCCCUGUUGGUGCUUGCUUACAAGAACCAAAAUUACACUCGGCUGUUUUCCAACCUAUCUCAGGCUAUAAUUUAUUGUAUUCUUCGGAUCCUUUCUCAGAUGGGACCUUUAAUGAAAGUGCCCUUCUACGCAAUGAUAUUCCGUACUGUCAACUAUCUGUCCAUACCUCGCUGCAUUACACUGCAGCCCGUAUCCACUUGAAUAAGUGGUUUACAAUAUGUUCUUUAUAUCUCUCUCCUUCUCGAGCAUUUUCUAUCCCAGACUUUGCCUUUCUUGUUUCAUCCUUACCACCACCACUUCUGUUACUUGGUGAUUUUAACGCCCACCAUUUCCUCUGGGGGGGUCUCACUGUGACUCGCGUGGCAUCCAGUUGGAGGCUUUUCUCGCCUCUCACCCCCUCCAUGUUUUAAAUACGGGUACUCCCACCCAUUUUGAUCCUCGUACUCAUACUCUCUCUUGCAUCGAUUUAUCAGUCUGCUCUUCCUCCACUGCACUAGACUUCACCUGGUCUGUUCUACCGGACUUACAUGACAGCGAUUAUUUUCCAAUCAUUCUUACUUCUCCUUCCUAUUCACCACCUUUCCAUAGCCCUCACUGGCAAUUUGAUCGGGCAAAUUGGGAUCUUUACUCACACCUCACUGCUUUUAGUGAGGUUCCUUCUUCAUCCUCCAUUGAUGAGCUCCUACACCUCUUCUCGACAUCAGUUUCUACCGCAGCUUCUCAUUCUAUACCCCAAACCUCAGGCAGGCAUUCUCAGAAGUGCGUGCCUUGGUGGUCUCCUGCUUGUGCUCGUGCAGUACGUUUGAAACGCACUGCAUGGGGCAGGUACCAGUACAGUAGAACCGCUGAGAGACUUCUUGAUUUUAAGCAGAAGCGUGCGAUCGCUCGCCGUGUCAUCCAUGAAGCUAAAUGCACUUGUUGGCGAGACUAUGUUUCCACCAUCACCUAUGCUUCUUCUAUGAGUGCAGUCUGGAAAAAAGUGAGGAAAUUGAGUGGUAAAUACUCUCCUGACCUGGCUCCUGUUCUACGGGUCGCUGGUGUUGAUGUAGCAAACCCUCUCGACGUUGCCAUUGAACUUGGCACACAUCUGGUCCGUAUUUCCUGGGGGCUCCAUCUAUGCCCCUCGUUUCUUUCCUCAAAGUCUGCCAGAGAGUUAGUACCCUUGGACCUUUCUUCUCUCAGAGAAGAACAGUAUAAUGUGCCUUUUACACUUCAAGAACUAGAGGCAACGCUCUCAGCUUGCCGAUCAUCGGCAGAUGGGCCUGACGACAUUCAUAUUCGUAUGUUACAACAUUUACAUCGGUCAGCCCUUGUAGUCCUCUUACACCUCUUCAAUCUUAUUUGGGCACAAGGAGUUCUUCCCCAGCUGUGGAAAUCUGCCAUUGUUCUCCCUUUCCGUAAACCGGGUACUACAGGACAUGAUGCCUCCCACUAUCGUCCCAUCGCUCUUACUAGUGCAGUUUGCAAAGUGAUGGAACGUCUCGUAAAUCGACGUUUAAUGUGGUAUUUAGAGACACACAACAGUCUCUCCGCAAGUAAAUAUGGCUUUCGUAAAGGUCGUUCUACCAUAGACCCCUUACUGCGCUUGGAUGCAUAUGUUCGUAAUGCCUUUGUGAAUAAUCACUCAGUUAUUGCCAUAUUUUUUGACCUUGGGAAGGCAUAUGACACAACUUGGAGGUAUAAUAUUUUGGCCCAGGCCCACUCCUUAGGCCUCCGAGGCAAUCUACCAUCCUUUCUUAAGAACUUUUUAACUGACAGACAUUUCCGUGUUCGAGUCAAUAAUGUUCUUUCCCCGGACUUUGUCCAAGCUGAAGGUGUCCCUCAGGGAUGUGUUCUAAGCACAACACUUUUUCUCCUUGCUAUAAAUGAUUUGGCCUCUGUUCUUCCACCCAAUAUUUGGUCAUCACUCUAUGUUGAUGACUUCGCUAUUGCUUGUGCAGGCGCUGACUGUCAUCUCAUUGCAGUUUUUCUCCAGCAUGCGGUCGACCGUGUUUCCACUUGGGCCACCACGCAUGGGUUUAAAUUUUCAAGUACCAAAACUCGCCAAAUUACUUUCACUAGACGCUCUGUCAUCUCCAAUCAUCCUUUGUAUCUCUAUGGCUCCCGUAUCCCCGAACGUGAUACAGUCAGGUUUCUAGGCCUUCUCUUUGACCGUCGGUUAUCCUGGAAACCUCACAUUACCUCUCUGAAGGCAACUUGUCACAGCCGGCUAAACCUUCUUAAAACCCUUGCUCAUCUUUCCUGGGGAGCUGAUCGUCGAACUCUGCUUCGCCUACAUUCAGCCCUCGUUUUAUCGAAACUCUAUUAUGGUGACCAGAUUUAUUCCGCGGCCUCUCCUGCUACUCUCUCUAGCCUUAACUCUAUCCAUUACCAAGGAUUACGUUUGUGCCUUGGUGCUUUUCGCUCUUCCCCUGUUGAGAGCCUCUAUGCAGAAGCGAAUGUUCCAUCUUUGUCUGAUCGCCGUGAUGCCCAUUGCCUUCGCUAUGUACACUCACGAUCUCCACAAUCCUUCAAUUUAUAGAAUGGUCACCGAUAUUAGUAGACAUUCUUUAUCCGUUCGCCACCCGUUUGCUCCGUCCCUUUUCUCUUCGCCUACAUUCACUCGUCUUCCCUUCAGUUACCACCUUUAUAUGUUCAUGUAGCAUCUCACUUUUCCCUACCCCCCUGGGAAGUUCCAGCUGUUCGGGUCUGUUCUUUCUCACUCCCUUGCUCGAAAGCUCAACUGCCUACGGUGGCUUCCCGCUCUCUUUUUCUUGAUCACUUCCACUCCCAUUCUCAUGCCACCGCUGUGUACACAGAUGGUCUUCAGACGGCGUCGGAUUCGCAGCAGUGUUUCCGGACAGCAUCGUGCUGGGGCAUUUACUAUCUUCAGCUAGCAUUUUUACUGCUGAAUUGUAUGCCAUUCUUGCAGCACUUAUUCGUAUCGCAUCUAUGCCUGUGUCAUCAUUUGUGGUAGUCUCAGACUCCCUUAGUGCUCUACAGGCUAUACGAAAAUUUGAUACAUCUCACCCCCUAGUUCUCCGUAUCCAACUUUGGCUACGCCGUAUCUCUACCAAACAAAGAUAUUGUUUUUUUGGGUCCCUGGUCAUGUCGACGUACAGGGCAAUGAACAGGCAGACACUGCUGCGUGGUCAGCAGUACAUGACCUACCAAUUUCCUAUAGAGGUGUUCCAUUUCUGGACUAUUUUGCUGCAAUAGCUACCCACCUUCACACCCAUUGGCAACAACGUUGGUCAACUCUGCUCAGUAACAAACUUCAUUCUAUUAAACCAAGCAUAGGUUACUGGCCGUCUUCUUGUCAUCAGUGCCGAGGUUGGGAGACCACUCUCUCCCGCCUUCGCAUUGGCCACACUCGUCUUACUCAUGGGUAUCUCAUGGAGAGGCACCCUGUUCCUCUCUGUGAGCAGUGUCAAGUUCCAGUAUCGAUUAGCCACAUUCUGUUAGACUGCCCUCUCUAUCAACGAGCACGCAGACUUUACCUCCAACGUCGUCUUCGUUCUACUACUCUCUCUUUACCUUCCCUUCUUGCUGAUGGACCCUCCUUUAAUCCUGACUCUCUCAUUGACUUCUUGACAACGACUGAUUUACUCCACAAACUCUGAUGAUACUUUUCGCACUCCCCUCAGCCCUUUCUAGUUCAGUCUCUUGCUGCCCUUUACCCUUUCACCAUCCACUACCCCGCUGUUAUCCGUAACCUAUUACUCAUCCAUCUCCCUUUUGCCACCUGAUGCCCUCAUUUCCUUCCUGCCCUGCAGUGCUGUAUAGUCCUUGUGGCUUAGCGCUUUUUUGAUUAUAAUAAUAAUAAUACUCAUUUUCUCUCUCUCUCAUUUGUUUUACCUCGUUUACUCACCUCUCGCCCUACAUUGAGACUUAAAAUAUUUUAAGGCAAGUAAUUAAUGCACUUUGUAUUCAUUUUGUUCUGGAGCGCUCUAAAUGACGUAGUAUAUUACGUGUGGGUGGGGUGGGCUGGCCUGGCCAGCUAUCAUACCUCCCACACCCGACUUCCUAUAAAUAAAUACUACUACUCUCACCCUACAAUAAGACAACAAAUAUUUUAAGUAUGAGUGUGCUGUUUGUGUAUUUUACUUUUUAUUGUUUCAAAUGCCUAGUUCUAUUGCUGACACAUGUUAGUGUAAACUUACCUGACAUUUACAUGCAUUUUUAAGUGGAAAAAAUGGUGUUCUGCUUUCUGGUGAUAGCCCCAAUCCUAAUCUGCCGUAUAAGUGGGGCCCUACUUUAUGUAUGUACGUGUGUGUAUAUAUACAGUGGACCCCCGGUUAACGAUAUUUUUUCACUCCAGAAGUAUGUUCAGGUGCCAGUACUGACCGAAUUUGUUCCCAUAAGGAAUAUUGUGAAGUAGAUUAGUCCAUUUCAGACCCCCAAACAUACACGUACAAACGCACUUACAUAAAUACACUUACAUAAUUGGUCGCAUUUGGAGGUAAUUGUUAUGCGGGGGUCCACUGUAUAUAUAUAUACACUAAUUAUAUAUACAGUGGACCCCCGCAUAACGAUUGCCUCCGAAUGCGACCAAUUAUGUAAGUGUAUUUAUGUAAGUGCGUUUGUACGUGUAUGUUUGGGGGUCUGAAAUGGACUAAUCUACUUCACAAUAUUUCUUAUGGGAACAAAUUCGGUCAGUACUGGCACCUGAACAUACUAAUGGAGUGAAAAAAUAUCGUUAACCGGGGGUCCACUGUAUAUACAUGUACAGUGGACCCCCGGUUAACGAUAUUUUUUCACUCCAGAAGUAUGUUUAGGUGCCAGUACUGACCGAAUUUGUUCCCAUAAGAAAUAUUGUGAAGUAGAUUAGUCCAUUUCAGACCCCCAAACAUACACGUACAAACGCACUUACGUAAAUACACUUACAUAAUUGGUCACAUUCGGAGGUAAUCGUUAUGCGGGGGUCCACUGUAUAUAUAAAUAUAUAUAAAAUACAUGUUUAUAUUUAUUUAUAGGGGCAUUUCAUUGAUAGAACUGUUACAUUUUCUCAACAUCUGCUUUAAUCAACAGUUUUGAACUGUAUCAUAGUUAAUGCUUUAAGACGAGUCUUGUCCGGUAAAGCCUUUGCAGCUGCAAUGACCUUGCAUAUCAAGGUUAAGUCAGUAUCACCUGUAUUGUAAUUAUACUUUACAAGUACAAAUUGGUAUUGUAAUUACAUAGAAUAUGUUGACAAAAGAUGUAAGGAUGUCUUCAGAUGCAUUUUUUUUUUUUUAAACUGCAAGGGUAGCACCCUAAACUUUUGUCAGUAUAAGUAAUUUUUUUAAUUUGUGUGAGAUAGAUAAAUUUAAUGUAAUCUGGGGAAAGUAUUAAACCUGUAGAGGUAACACAUCACUCAGGAAAUGGGAGGCACACUGGUUCAAUCCAAGGGAGGGAGGGCAAGUCAAGUUCCUUUGAUCAAAAUCUUUAUUGGCCUCAAGCCAUCUUCCUUUAAUGGAGAUAAAGACUGUAAUGUAGCUACAGCACCUCAUCUCCGGUGAAAGUGAGGUCUAUCCAGUCUACAAUAGCAUAUUACUUUCAUGGAGAAAGUGGUAAACCUGUAAGUGUCAGUGCUGGGAAAUUAGAGGGACCACCUCCCUUGAAGGGAUACUAGCUUAAAUAAAUGGUCUUAAAUUACAAUAUCCAUGUUACAUUGUUAAAAAAGUAAUUAAAACUAAUGGAUUUUUCAGUUAAUUCAAAGUAGCCAGAAUUAAUUGAAUUUCAUAAAACAAAGUUUCAGCGGGAACAAAAAAUUAAUGAGCUUUUUAAUUCUUAAGAAAACUCUUGAUGAACUCUGUCCAUUUAGCAACUGGGUCAAUAAUAAUUGUUAUGCAGAUUUGUUUUAUUCACAGUAAACUUAUUUGCACUGCAUUAAGGCAAGAAAAAAUCCUAAUUGCAUAACUAAUAAAGGACAGAUUCCAAAACUAAUAUACAGGUAAAUGUGAUUUACAAUACUUUCAAGUCUGUUUAAUGACUUAAUUGCAAAAUUAGACAAAUAAAUUAAAAAAUUAUG